UCUUACACAUCAUGGGCUUCACUGGCGGCAAGGCAGAUGUCCUCAGCACCAGCAUUCGAGCAUAUCCUGGUCGAAAAGCGUGGAGAAGCCGACAAUGUGGGUUUGAUAACUCUCAACCGUCCCAAGGCUCUGAAUGCCCUGUUCGAUCCACUCAUGGAGGAAGUUAAUCAGGCUAUGAAGCAAUUAGAGGAGGACCCAUCAGUUGCAGCUAUUGUGCUGACGGGUAGCGAAAAGGCUUUUGCUGCAGGUGCUGAUAUCAAGCAGAUGCAGAAUAAGCAUUAUGUUGACUGCUUUGGGUCUAACUUCCUGGAGCACUGGAAUGGAGUCACAAAGAUCAAGAAGCCAGUGAUUGCUGCAGUGAAUGGAUAUGCUCUGGGCGGUGGUUGUGAGCUGGCAAUGAUGUGCGAUAUCAUCCUUGCUGGAGAGAAGGCAAAGUUUGGCCAACCUGAAAUCAUAAUUGGCACCAUCCCAGGAGCAGGUGGCACCCAGCGCCUGACAAGGGCCAUUGGCAAAUCACGUGCCAUGCAGAUGUGUCUUACAGGAGAAAUGAUCACAGCACAACAAGCAGAUGCCUGGGGCCUUGUCAGUUCUGUUCACCCCCCUGACCAACUAGUUGAUGAGGCAAUCAAGCUUGGAGAAAAAAUUGGAAAGCAUUCAAAACUUGUGGUUUCCAUGUGCAAAGAGGCCGUCAACAAAUCUCAAGAACUAUCCUUGAAUGAAGGACUCCACUUUGAAAAGCGUAUCUUCCACGGGACAUUUGCCACAAAUGACCGCAAAGAAGGCAUGACGGCCUUUGUUGAGAAAAGGUCACCAAACUUCACAGAUAGCUAAAGCAUAUUGCAAGGAUUCAGGUGUGGCUGCGUUGAUGAAAUUUGCCGUUGUAUACUUAGAAAAACACAGUAAAUUCCUGCAUUACACUAGGGACCCAAAAUUUUUGCAGAAGUAUGAGUUAGGUGAUUUGUGUAUCAUAGAUGUGUGAAUGACUUAACUUUUUUGAAUAAAAGAAGAAAAAGU